ACGCCGAGCGUCUGCCCUGCCCUGCGCGCCCGGGAGACGCCCGUCACCGCCCUCACACACGUUAGCCCGGUCCAAUCUGCCGACCCUCGCGGCAGGGCAGACGGGUCGUCGGAAGCGUUGCUAUCAAGAUGGGCCCGAUACGCCGCGUCGAUCGCCUCUCAGCGACAGAACUGCGAGCACAGCGGUGGACCGAGUCAGACCGACAGGGUGCCAUUAAGAGGUCGUGGUUGGGAGUGGGCGGAAGGCUCGUGGAGGGGUAUGGUGCCAAGUGACCUCCCCCGGACCGGCCCUGUGCUCGCCUCUGACACACAGCAGCAGUCGGAGAUUAUUAUUGGUCAUCUGUGAGGACGGGGCGCGCGGCGCCGGUUCGUGUUACAGACAAUUGGGCAGUGGGUGGUCUGCGGUGAAAGUGGUGGUUUGCGGUGCGGUGCUGGCUGAACUGUUCAGGCUACGACAGGUCAGAUAUAAGGCCCGUCUCGUCCCUCGUCGCCGCGGGUGGCCGGCGGGACGCGGUGACCACCCGCCAGGCCCGCCAUGGAUGUCAGACGGCGAGCGCGUGCCUCUGGCCAGCCAGACACCCACUCAGGGUCAGAGGGGCCGUCCGAGGGUCGACUGAGAACGACGGUAGAAUCCAGUGAGACGCAGAACGUCGGGGGUGGUGCCAUGACCGACGGGAGAACAGACAGACGCAGUGACAGUGUCGAUGAGAGUGAAGUCAUGUGUGAACUGGGAAGCGGAAACGCCAGUAAUGAUGGUGAAUCGACUGCAGAACGGUCGGAAAACACUCCCGACGGCGGGACUGGUGGAACAGCAGACAGCCCAAAUCCAACCAGCCGCUCGGCUCAGCCUGACGCCCACUGCGGUCCGUUCGUGGCCGCGCUGGACGUGGGCACCACCUCCGUACGCUGUGUGGUGCUGGACCGGCGGCUGGAGGUGCGCGGCGUCUGCCGGCGGCCCGUCCAGCUGCUCUACCCCGUACCGGAACACGUGGAGAUCGACCCCGAUCAGCUGUUCGAGGCGGUCUGCGAGGUCAUCAAGGGCGCUGUCGCUGACGCGGGUCUCACACUGCAACAGGUGACCACGCUCGGGAUCAGCACCCAGCGGUCGUCGUUUACCACGUGGAGUCGGGACACGGGCCGCUGCUACCACAACGUGGUCUGCUGGAGCGACCGGCGAGCCAGCGGCCUUGUCAAGGCGUGGAAUGCUUCUCUGAUGUUCCGCGUCCCGGCUCACGUCUGCUGGCUGCUCCACAAGGUCACCGGCAACCCGCGCCUCCAGGCCGUCAGUGUGCUCCGGCUGAUGAACGCUCAGGUAACUAUGCGUCUGCUGUGGUGUAUGCAGAACAUACCCGCCCUGCGCGAGGACAUUGGCCGCGGUCGGGCGCUGUUCGGCACACUGGAGACAUUCCUUCUCUACCGCCUAACCGCUGGUAGACUACACGUCUCAGACCGCACUAACGCAGCGGCCACCGGCUUCUUCGACCCAUACCUGAUGCAGUGGUCCGGCUAUCCACGAUUCCUCUUCGGCGUCGCCCCGCCGAGUAUGUUACCCGAGGUGGUUUCUACAACGUACGACUUUGGCAUCACGGCUCCGGAGGUGCUGGGCGCCCCGCUGAAGAUCAGCUGUGUGAUCGGAGACCAGAGCGCCAGUCUGUUCGGCGCAGAGUGCUGGCAGCGCGGGGACGUGGCGGUUACGCUCGGCACCGGAUCGUUCAUGGAUGUCAACACGGGCGAGCGGCCACACACGUCGGUACGCGGCUUCUACCCGGCGGUGGCCUGGGAGCUGGGCGAGGAGGUGGUGUUUAUGGCCGAGGGAGCCGCCGGGGACACCGCCGCCAGCGUGCUCUGGGGCCGGAGGAUCGGCCUGUAUGACGCCGUGGAGGACACGGCCGCGCUGGCUGAGUCCGUCCCUGACGCCGGCGGCGUGCGCUUCGUGCCGGCCUUCUCCGGAAUAGCGGCGCCGGUCAAUGACUUCAAGGCGGCGGCCGGCUUCAUCGGGAUAUCAGCCGAGAGCUCCCGGGCGCACCUGACUCGAGCUAUUCUCCAGGCGAUUGCAUUCCGUCUACGUCAGCUGUACGACAGUAUGCGCGCCGAGUGCGCCUUCCCUCUGCGCCACAUUCGCGUCUCGGGCGGCGUGGCCCGCAACGACGCGCUCUGUCAGAUGGCCGCUGACGUGCUGGGGGUGCGGCUGGAGCGGCCCCGCGAUGUGGAGACCUCUGUACGCGGGGCGGCCAUGCUGGCAGGGCUGGCGGCCGGCGUGUGGCGCGACCGGAGCGAGCUGGAGCCUCUGCGGCAGACGGAACGGGUGUUCGAGCCGGACCCGAGCCGCGGCGCGGCGCUGCGGGCCGAGAUGGCAGAGUGGGAGAGGGCGCUGCAGAGGUUCGGAGAGUGGUACCCGGACGACGUCAAAUGAGGGGGAGAGGGGGUUCGCCAGGGGUCAGUCAGGGUUCGGCUGACGGGAGGGGGUGUGUGUUGAGGACAUUAGGGACCAAUGACGGCUGUCAUUUCUAGGCAGCUUCGGGGCCUAGUAGAUAUUUAUCACAGCGCUUAGAUGUGGAAUGAUGAGCGGCGUUUGUGGUGUUUGGGCUCAGCUUAGCUUAUUUGAAGAUUUAUGUGUGAAAGGAACGGUUGUGGGGGGGAGGGGGAGGGGGGUCUGAGCGUUAGAGAGAAGGGUCUCGUAAAAGGGCUUAAGUGAUUCUCAGAAGCUUGCAUAGUGUUAAUGCACAUGGGUAAAGAGCCAGGGUAAUUCAUGCCGGUACGAUUUCUUGCCUAGUGUUAUGGGCGUUUUGCCUACAGCAGGAACUCGGGUGUUAGUGGGUAGGUGUAUAUUUACUGAUUAGCAGUCAUAAUAUUUCUGAUCCGCAUAACAAUGAUUAUCCAUAAUCAGGCAUGAAAAUGCAUAAAAGUGACCUAUUUUCGUACCUGGCUGACCAAUGCUCGUUUAAUCACUCAGCACAAAUGUAUGCAUAUUGCAUUUUGCAUAAUGGAUGCAUAUUUAUCAGAUUUGGCAGAAUAUGCAAAUAGUUAUAUAGCUUCUAAAAACUUGUUUCCAUAUUAUCGUUUUUCCGGCACAUUUUGCCCGGACUGUGCUCGGAAAGACUACCACUAGCUCGUUAUUAGGCUUCUCAUCACGGUGAUUGGUGGCUGAUAUUUUUACAUAACUAAUGUGCAUGACGAGUCUGGUUUAUGCACUUGCGACUUGCGAGUCGGCCAGGAGAGGUAGCUCGACAAAGGUUGUUCGAUCCCAGGUAAUUAUUUAUUGAAAUAUAUAUAUCGAUAGGUGAUAAGUGAUAUAAUAUACCGCGUGCGUUAUCGACUAUGUCUAUUAGUAGCAGCUAUUACAUACAUAAGCUUGGAUGGUUGCCCAUGUAUUCCUACUCAUGCUAUCAAAUCAUGCUUCCUGGCUCGUCUUUCUUACUUACUCGUAUUUCUUGCUUACUCGUAUUUUCACAUCUAACCGGAUACCUAGUCCAUGUCGGAGCUCAGGUGAAUGCAUGUAACAUGAAUCAAAAGCAAUGUGCCUUGGCGGGAGUACAAACGAGAGCAAUCAACAUAAUACGCAAUGAUAUUUAUAGAUGGUCAUAAUAUGCAUUGGAUGGUUCGUUACGGUUGUAUCAAAAUAUGUGGCUUCUUGCUUUGCGUCUGUUUUGAUCGAUUCCUGAACAAUAUUUUUCGUUUCGCCUCAUGCUUCUUGUAUCGCGUAACAUUCUCUGCCGUGUGGAUCUUGUCGCAGUGAUAUUCACUUGCGACUUGCGAGUCGGCCAGGAGACUCCGUGAAUCCAAUUUCUGUCGUGCUCAACUGCUUAUCCACGUCGAUGCAAUAAAAUGCAGCUUCGA